UUUCCCAGUGUUGCAUUCACUUGCACACGGUGGGCACCAGCGGACACGUUUUCACCUCAAACAUCUCCUGCCGCGAUUCCAGCGUAAAGACGGAAUGCCUAAUGUUGAUUCCAGCGUCGCAUUCCAAGAAAACAAUGUGAUUCGGGAGAAGGAUACCACUUUUUUAUUUCCUCCCCAAGAAAACGGACUGCAGUCUGUCGCCGCUCGCACAUUGCAGUGAGUCAGUAUCAUGGAGGCAGGCAGCGGGGCUGCCGCAGCGGUGGGGAGUGCGGCGCUCGGACUGCUGGAAGCCACAGCAACGUCCAGCCUGGACAUCUUGGACAGGGGCCUAAUACUUGGACGUCACCUGGAGGAGGACGACAUAGUGCCUGAACUCGCUCACAUUCACCCCAGAGAGAGACCUGACUGGGAGGAGACCAUUAGUGCCAUGGCAAGAAGCGCAGAGAUCCCAGAGCUGAGGACCGAGCCCCUCAUGCGCUCAAGCAGCAGCAGCACAGCAAGCAUGAAGGUCAAGAAUGUCAAGAAACUUUGCUUUACCAAGGGACACUUUCCGAAACUGGCAGAGUGCGCCCAUUUCCACUAUGAAAACGUGGACUUCGGCACAAUACAGUUGUCCCUCGGCGAUGAACAGAGUGAAGUGACGCGGAACAGCCAUGAGUCCAAGGAGCUUGUGUACUUGGUUCAUAUUUACUGCCAGAGUCGAAGCUGGAUUGUGAGGCGCAGCUAUGAGGAUUUCCGCGUCUUGGACAAGCAUCUGCAUCUGUGCAUCUACGACCGACGCUUCUCACAGCUGCCGGAGCUGCCGCGACAUGACAGCUUGACUGACCAACCCGAAUCGGUUUCCCAGAUGCUGCUGGCUUAUCUCUCUCGGCUUUCAGCCAUCGCUGACAACAAGAUCAACUGCGGGCCUGCCCUCACAUGGAUGGAGAUUGACAAUAAGGGAAAUCAUCUUUUGGUACAUGAAGAGUCUUCCAUCAACGUCCCCGCUAUCGCCGCUGCCCAUGUCAUCAAACGCUACAUUGCACAAGCUUCAGACGAACUGUCCUUUGAGGUGGGCGACAUUGUAUCAGUGAUUGACAUGCCUCCCAAAGAAGACACCACCUGGUGGAGGGGGAAGCAUGGCUUUCAGGUUGGCUUCUUUCCCAGUGAGUGCGUGGAGCUCAUCAAUGAUAAAGUGCCGCAGUCCAUGACCAACUCCGUGCCAAAGCCAGCGUCCCCGUGCUCUGGCCUGCCGCCCGCUUCUUGGAGUCUCUCCCCCCCCUAUUUGGAGAUGGAGAGUGUAAUGCAAGACAAUGCAUGGGUGGCCGAGCCGUUAAACCACUACAGCCUAAGUUCAGUGUCCAAGAAGCAUGGCAAGCUGAUCACCUUCUUGCGCUCCUUCAUGAAGUCCAGGCCCACCAAGCAGAAGCUGAAACAGAGGGGAAUCCUCCGGGAGAGGGUAUUUGGCUGCGACCUGGGAGAGCACCUCCUCAACUCUGGGCAUGACGUUCCCCAAGUCCUUAAGAGCUGCACCGAGUUCAUCGAGAAGCAUGGUGUGGUGGAUGGCAUCUACCGCCUCUCUGGGAUUGCCUCCAAUAUCCAGAAAUUGCGGCACGAGUUUGACUCUGAACAGAUCCCCGACCUGACCAAAGAUGUGUACGUACAGGAUAUCCACUGUGUGGGCUCGUUGUGUAAGCUCUAUUUCAGAGAACUGCCCAACCCCCUGCUCACCUACCAGCUCUAUGAGAAAUUCUCUGAAGCUGUGUCAGCAGCAACAGAUGAAGAAAGGCUCAUUAAAAUCCAUGACGUCAUCCAGCAGCUUCCUCCUCCACAUUACAGAACCCUGGAGUUCCUCAUGAGACAUCUUUCCCGUUUGGCAGCAUUCAGUUACAUCACCAACAUGCACAGCAAGAACCUGGCCAUUGUCUGGGCCCCCAACCUGCUGAGGUCCAAACAGAUUGAAUCUGCAUGCUUCAGCGGCACCGCAGCCUUCAUGGAAGUCAGAAUCCAGUCGGUUGUGGUGGAAUUCAUUCUCAACCACGUGGAUGUUCUCUUUAGCGCCAAACUUAGCUCGCUGAUACGUGAGGGAGCAGGUCACAACACGUUGUCACGGCCAAAGUCUCUGCUGGUUUCAUCGCCUUCUACUAAACUCCUUAGUUUGGAGGAGGCUCAGGCUCGGACUCAGGCUCAGAUCAACUCUCCUGUCACUGAAGACAGCAAGUACAUUGAAGUUGGCGAGGGUCCUGCUGCCCUGCAGGGCAAGUUCCACACUGUCAUCGAGUUUCCCACUGAAAGGAAGAGGCCGCCUGUUAAAUCCAAGAAGUCUCCUGUGGGCAGCUGGCGUUCUUUUUUCAACCUGGGAAAGUCCUCGUCCAUGUCCAAACGCAAGUUGCACCGCAACCCCAGCGAGCCCAGUGAACUGAAAGCCAUGGCGCUCGGUGGGGGAAGAGGGGACACAGCUACGUUAAGAUCUGCUAAAAGUGAAGAGUCGCUGAGUUCUUUGCAUAAUGUUGAAGGCGAGUCCAAGGUGUACCGUCCACGGCGACCACGAUCAAGCAGCGAUGCCCUUUCAGCGUCCUUUAAUGGCGAGCUGCUGGACGGUCGACAGCACUGCAACUCCUACGACAACCUGGACGCCACAGAGGACAGCGACGGAGACGACGGACCCAUCUGCGUACCGGCGCUAAUUUCACCUCCCCGCACAGCUGGCGAAGAUGUAGACCUCAGCCCACCAGACAUCGGCAUGGCUUCUUUGGACUUUGAUCCAAUGUCUUUCCAGUGCAGCAUCCCUGAUACAACAAGCUACGCCUUUCCGCUGGCCGACUCACAAACUGGAGCUGAGGGCACCACGUUAAAGAGGAGCCCUGGCAACCUCUGGGGAAAGACCAGUGGAUCUGACCUCAUUUCCUCUUCGUUCAUUGACAACUUUACCUCAUCCUUGUUGUCGUCAGACUUCAGCCUGGCUGCAGGAGAGAAAGCAGAAAGCCAGAAAUUGACCACUUCCUACUCUUACACUGAGAAACCCACACAAGCUGUGUCACCUGUUAAAAGUGGAAAGACUACAACCUCUUCCGAGCUUUUUUCUGUGGAGAUUCUUGAGAAUAGCGGUGGACAUGUGCGGGUUCAACAACCUUUAUCUCCUCACUCUGCACCAAAAGACUCCCCUCCUUGUGCAAAGGCCGAGCCGUCUCUAAGUGAAGCUUUCCAAAUGGAGCUACACUCCAAGCUGGCAACACUCGACAGUGUGGACUGUCCAGAGCCAAAGAGACAAGACGGUGUUCAGCAGGUGUCACAGGAGAAAAAAGGAGCGAAAGGUCCGGAUUCUUCAAAGGAUUUUACCACACAUUCCCUCAGCUCCACAGCUCCUACUUCCGCCCCUCCUUCCCCUCCUAAAGACUCCACCCGCAUGACAUCCCUAGCUCUUGCUGAGUCGGCACAACAACCCUGCGUAAAGUCCCAGCUAUGGUCCUCUGAACCUGUGACACCAGUUUCCACUGUGCAGCCGCAGACUUCUAACUGCUGGGACUCAACUAGCUCACAAUUUGAGAGUUCCAGUCUUCGGGGAGCUGAAGGCCCAAGUUCCCCCUCACGAAGUAGCAGCGUCUCGGUCGUCACCCCAUGCGUUCCCUCGCCCUCCAGCCCUUUGAAAGAACAGCAGAUGCCUGAGUUAACCGGCGCCAUUACCAGGCAGUCGGACUGUUUCACGUCUGCAACAACCCCAGCUGGACAACAACCAGUAGCUGACGCUACUACUACUCCGGAUACUCUUUAUAACAAGGCUACUUCUCUUUUAAGUUCAACCAGCCCAAAUUCUCCAACUAAGGGGAGUCAGUCCGUUAUUGGCCAUGACGGUACCAGCAUUACCAUGAGCACACCAGCGGCCACCCCUGUUGGCAACUGCAGGGACUCCAGAGGCUUGUGGUUUGCCGAGAUGAAACCAGAAGAAGAUGCAAAGCCUCCAAGCAUUCCAAAAUCAACUGAGCUCCAGCCUCCGGUGGCUUUAAAGACCAAAAAGCAGGUGAUGCCGCUGCCCCAACAUCACACGCAAACUCAGCAACAUCAGUCCCACGCGCAAAUUCAACCCCAAACUCAGGCCAGUGCAAGAGCGGCAGCAACCUCCUGCGAGCAUACUGACAAGCCAUGGGAGGCCAUAAAACCGGUGCAGGCCUGCACAGAGACCGCCCAAAUCUACGACACCCACGGAUCCACACCCCCGGCCCCUCCAGUCCGCACUAUUGAGAGCAAACUGGCAACCGCAGCGCUCAGUCAGAGCGAAGCUUCUUGCCAUAUCCUGGGUGAGGGUCCUGCAGCUGGCCGUUUGGAGGACGCCCAUCCUGUUUCUCCUCGGAAAUCCUCCACACAUCUUCCGGCCUAUCUCUACCAUGCCAAAGGUGACGCGGUCCUAAUAGAGCCUCCGGGAGCCGCAUAUUACCACCCGAGACCGGUUUCAAUGGGUCCACAUCCCAUGUCGCAUCACUACCGACCAGACAGCUUCCCCCCCCACCCGUCAUACGUGUCAAAGUCAGAACCCCAGAUACCUUACAGUGCCCGAGUGGACAACAGAUACAGCACUUUAGGCCCCAGGUCCUACCACCACUCCAUAAAGACCAGAGGUAACACCCGGAGUGUAUACGGGGCUCCCGGGCACCAAGGUUACAGCCAUGACAGAACCCAUGGUUACCCCACUAUUCGCAGGGUGCACUCCCUCCAUGUUCCUUCCACUAUUCGUGCGGUACCCAUCCAAAGGACCGAAGUCCCUCCGGAUGACAUGUUCUAUUACCAUCGACCCAUGUACCAGUGCAAACCCUAUCAGCAGCCCCCCCCACAACAGUCGUCACAAGCCGACUACCACGUCACUCAGUUGCAGCCUUACUUUGAGAACGGACGGGUCCAGUACCGCUAUAGUCCAUACUCUGGUUCUACCCCGCUAGAGGCGCCUUACUAUGACAUCGACCCUUAUGGCACCAUUCGCAUCCGCCAUGUCCACUCAGCUAACAGAGAUGGGGGCGCUAUUGUUUGCAGACCUGGAGGAAAGGACACAGGGUACCACUACAUUGCUCGCAAUGUUCUCCCAUCUUGGAAGGAGCACAGCUUUGUGAGCCGUGACAUGCCACCAGGUCACGGUGCCAAGGACGUCGCAUCUUACCUCUCUUGGGACCCCGAGGAGUCAGAAUGUCUCCGCAUGCAAUCAAUCCGCAGAGAGAGCCGGGCUAGACAGAAGAUUAAAGGCCCUGUUCUCUCGCAAUACGACAACGUCGGCUCAUUCGCACCGACUGACGCAUCGGCCUACGAAACCCUGCACUCCCGCAGUAAGUCUGAUCCAGGUAAAGCCGUGCCAGCUGCAACCGAGAGCAAAGACGGGCGAUAUCUUCCCAGGCACAUGGUAUCGGACCCCAACGUCCUUGUGUGUAUGGAUGCCGACACGCAUGUCCAAGGCGGCCCGACGGGGGACAAGUCUGACAGACUCGUCAAGCAAAGCGGCGCCAAGAAAUGCCAAUCGUCUCAUUCCAUUCCUGUGAGUCUGAGCCACAGUCUCUCCCACCAGCAGGAGAGCAGCAGACACGAAGCCAAACACGAGUCUCCCGGUGAAAAGCUUGGCGGAGACAGCAGUCGGACCAAACACUGGCAGCCGGAAUACCCCGGCAAGAGGAGCUUCCAAACAUGUUACAAGUGCCCUGACGCCGACUACCAACAGGGUAAAGGUAAAACACCAAGCACCCAUCACGGUCCAGAUGAUCCCACAUCUGCUGCCAAGGAGCCGCUCGCUCACUGCAAACCCGAACGAUCGCACAGCGUGCGGGAGCCGCAGCUCUACAGCCACGGCAAACCGGAACCGGAUGGAGACUACUCGCAUCACAAAAACAGCACCAAACCAGUACAGUCUCACUACGAUAACUUGGACGAUUAUCACCCAGUACCUCAGCCUCAGGCUCCCAUUCAGAAACGUGGCGGCUCUGGCUCCUACUCGGCCCCGGGAUUUGCUGUGACCCACAGUAACAGAGCAUAUUCCACAGCCCUGGGCCAAGGAGCCUUCCUCCAAACAGACCUGGGUUUGUCGAGGCCCGAAACAGAGAUUUGUACAGAAUAAAGCCUUUACACAAUAAGAAAGACUUAAGGAGCUACGGUUGAGCAGCCUCUGCAGGACAGUGGACUGUUGUGCCACCGAUAUUUUUUUGCUGUUCAGUAUUUUUAAUGAAUUGUAAAGGAAAAUGCAAGACUUUUUACUGGAAGUCCUGAAUGUACCUGAAGUUAAUUGUCCAAGAGCUCAUUUUUGCUGUGAUUGAUUAAGACAGUUAUGAUAAAUGUAAAGGAUGCAAAAGAUGUAAGGUACUUUAAACAAGAACCAUAAAAAUGUCUAAUACGGUACAAUAUAAUGUCAUAUAUAUUUAUAUAUGUAUGGAUAAGUAGUAACAAGGGAUGUUAGUUGUACUUUUCCUUUUUUUUUUUUUUUUUUUUAGAUGUGGCGCUGGGUUUGACCAUUUAUGAGUUUGCAUUUUAGAAAUGCAUGCACUCUCUCUUACAGAACAGUUCUGUGUAACUUCACCAUUCAUUAUGUUCUUUCUGGGUGUCACAGUUGUGAGAGGAGGACGUAUGUUAGCCAUGACGCCCUCUCCGCCGGUACGGUAUGUACACAGGUAGGCGGUACAUGUGUCUUCUUGGCCUCAAGAGGAUGUGACUUUGUGGAUUGGCUUUGCUGUCGACUUCAACCGAGAGUGUCAUUGUCAUCUUUUAUGUUGUUUGUGACGGUGCCAUUUUAUGUACACGUACUCAAGAGCAGAUUUCAGUUACUUCUUAAUGGAAGGUUUUGCUACUUCACGGGAAGGUGGACCAAACAUUUGGCACAGUGCUUGCACAUUUCGGAGCAAAGAUGGAUGCAAGAAGGUCUAUUGUAAUUUUAGAUACGGAUAUGAAAGAGGAUUUUGUUUUGAUUUCAUUUUUCCGUCGUUGUGUUUGCAGUGCAGUGGAUCCCUGCAUAUCGCAAUUCAGCAUUAGCGACCCGUUUUUUUUUUAUUAUUAUUAUUUGUGGGGAAAACCUGACAUUUUGACAUUGGUAAAGCGAGAGUUGCACAGAAAGUAGAGGCAAACUUUUAACUUGUUUGCUGACUCGUCACAGACAUACAGGAGCUUAUCAGCCCAAAUGCCUGCCUCACUCACGGUGCAACCAAAGGUAUCAAAAUAAACACUUACACACAAAUAUAUAUGCAAAACAAAAGAAUUUGAGAAGCAUUUAUAACCCACAUUGCAUGAUGGUUAUCGUGGUAAGGUACCCAGCAUACCUUGUGGGUUGUACAUUGGUAUAAAAUGAUUAUGUUUUGCAUGGCCCAACACGCUGGUCUAGUGGUUAACAUUUUAGCCACACAUUUGGGCAUCUCUGUCUGGGUUUUCUCCAGGUACUUCGAUUUCCUGCCAAAACCUUGCAUGUCAAGGUUAAAUGAAUUGGCGACUCUAAGUUGUCUAUAGGUAUGAACGUGAGUCCGAAUGGUUGUUUAUCUAUAUGUAACCCACAAGCCUCGUGACGAUAAGAUACAUGGUCCACAUAGCCCGCGUGGUACAAGUUACAUGCAUCUUUUGUUACGUUUGGUUGCACCGUGAGCGAGCGACGUGUUUGCUUUGAUGACUUCCUCCAAAGAGUGCAGAUAUCAAGCUGAAUCAUUACAAAUAAGACAGCACUUCCUCAAGUAAAUUGAUGCUAUGUAGUAGUGCCAUAGGGUGGCUCAAUUCCUUGCUGUUUUUGCCAUUUACGAAUGUAAACGUUGCAAAAAUCGGGGAUCUACUGUACUUUUGAGACUUUAUCUAACAUAAUAAAGCUGAAAAUUGUGUCUUUGGAAAUGACUGACAAACAUAUCGAUGCUACUUUUGAAGAGAAGUUUCUUAGAGGUCAAAUUUAUUUAAUUGGCCUUAAUAUGCAAAUUGUUUAAGUUAAGAAAUUGCAAUCAAAUCUGUAUUGAUAUAGUACAGUCAUUUGGUAUUACAUGCCCAUAAUGGAUAACAAAAUGUUUCAGUUAUAUUAAAACCAAGCGGUUGUAUUCUGUCUUAAUUUAUACACUACAUUGCUUGCAGGUUUUUGCUCCUCCCGCCUUACCUGAAGCCUCCCUCGUUUCAGGUGAGGCACCGUGUACUUGAAUGUGAAUGUCUCUAACUAAUGGGUACUUUAAGGUUAGCUAUAACAUCAAUAAAACUGUUCAGGAAUAGCUCAUAGCGACGUGUCUGUUUGUGCCUGGUGCUGCAUAUUUCUUAUUGAGAGGUGACGCAUAUUCAGGGUAAUAGUGAUGCAAUAACGUUAUUGUACUGUAUACGGUAUUAAAGCUAUAGAAAAGUCAGGUGGAAGCAUUCGUCUGGACCGCAUGACCAACAGUGGUGUCUUUCUCUUGCCACACUGCUUCUUCAUUAUCUUGUAGUCCAUGCCGGUCUUGUGCAGGUCUACAUAAAAUAUUGUCAAUGAGGUCUUUGAACAGCUCUUUGGUCUUGCCUCCAUUGCCGCCACAUUCCGGGACCACCAGUGAAUGGCCAUAAUCUGUGAGUAAUUGACACUUCCAAAAAUAGACACCCCCUCAACUUCCAAACCUUACUGCUAGCUUAACAUUUUCUGAUUUUCAGAUCAACAUUUGCAAUAAGAGUAACUUGUAAGUAGAUUCGAUUCUGCUCCAGAACCCUAUCCCAAAAUGUUUCACACGCUCAUUAAACACAUUUUAAACUAUUAUAUAUAAAACUACCCCCUAAUAACCAAACAAAAUGUGACAUCUAAAUGAGUGUCAAUGUUAUAUGUAUGCUGAAUAUUUUACCUGUAUUGUGUACUUAUAAAUGAUGACCGACUUAGAUGUGUUUUCAGGGUAAAUAUUUUUUUUUUGCAGUGAUCCACUGAACUUAGUUCCAUAAAUCAUGAAUCUUUCGCCAUUUUUUGUUACUUUGUGUCUGUUUCAAUAAACCUACCAUAAAAUAUCUGGA